CCGAGGGAUUGUCGCCUCCGUCCGCGAGUCCCCGUGUGCGUGUCUCUCGCUUGCCAUUUUAUACCCCACCGCGGCCGACUCGGAGCCGGGUUGCCCGUCCCAGCCCUGAAGUUCUGUAGGUGGGGCGGGCUUUAAUUUGCUUAUAUCUAAUGAUUUCAGGAGCCUCGCUUUAAAAUGGCGGCAUUGAGUAUCCACCCCUGCUAGAGGCUCUCCCGGCACCGGGGCCACCUCGCGCAGCGCUGCUUUUGCUUCUGCCGCUAACAGAUGGCAUGUGCCGCUGUCGCUGCCGCUGCCCCCGCCGCUGCCGCUGAGAGCGGGACCCCUUAGGCUCUGGGUUCGCAGUAGCAGCCGAAGGUUUCUGGAAAGUGCCUUUUCUGAAAACUCUGCUGAUUGGAUUCCACUUUUGAGCUGCCUCUUUAUAAACCCCUCUCCCUGCCACCAUCACUGCCACCUCUCCCCGCCCGGCCCCCCCAAAAAAACCCUGCUGUGCUUAUAGUUCAUUCUCAGCAACUCGUUCAUUCUUUUUUUCUUUGAUUCUCAAUUUUCAUAGUCAUUUUUCCUCCUCCCGAUUUUGCAGCAAAAAAAAAAAAAAAAAAAUUGCAGUUGUAACAUCCUACCAAUCUUAAUCUUUAAAGCCAAGAGAUAGGUAAAAAAACUUUUCUCCCCUUGACCUGAGACCAUUCCACACAUUGACAGGCAGCCAGCAGCAUAUGCUUUUUGCAAGAAUAAUUGAAAAUAUCAACUGGAGAGCACAGAAUCCUUUUGAAACUCUGCCCGUUAUUUGAAGUAACUUCAGCAGAGGAAAAAAAUAAAGCACUCAAUAUCUUAACCUUGAUGGCUGCCUUCUUAGGAGUUGGUCUCUGAUUUUUAGUUAUUCUGAUACGAUUUUUAUUUUAUAGUGGGCUUUUUGUUUGACUAGACCAAAUUUGACUUAAAUGAAAACUUAAGUGCUAACAAAGAAACAUUUCACCAAAGCAACCAGUUAUCUCUUCACAUUUAGCUUGAAUUUAUUUUUAACCUUUCAACAACAGCAGUAAUAGUGUUGUAGAGAGGGUGCACUUGAUUUUAACUUUGCUUUCAAUAUGACGGCUGUCAAUGUUGCCCUGGUUCGUGAUACCAAGUGGCUGACUUUGGAAGUCUGUAGAGAAUUUCAGAGAGGAACCUGCUCUCGAGCUGAUGCAGAUUGCAAGUUUGCCCAUCCGCCAAGAGUUUGCCAUGUGGAAAAUGGUCGUGUGAUGGCUUGUUUUGAUUCUUUAAAGGGUCGGUGUGCUAGAGAGAACUGCAAGUACCUUCACCCUCCUCCGCAUUUAAAAACGCAGCUGGAAAUUAAUGGACGGAACAAUCUGAUUCAACAAAAGACUGCUGCAGCCAUGUUCGCCCAGCAGAUGCAGCUUAUGCUCCAAAAUGCCCAAAUGUCAUCACAUAAUUCUUUUCCUGUGACUCCAUCCCUGGCAGCUAAUCCUGCCAUGGCUUUCAAUCCCUACUUACCUCAUCCUGGGAUGGGCCUGGUCCCUGCCGAACUUUUACCAAACGCGCCUGUGCUGAUUUCUGGAAACCCGCCUCUCCCACUGCCAGGACCUCCUGGUCCAAAACCGAUGCGUUCAGAUAAACUGGAGGUUUGCCGUGAAUUUCAGCGUGGAAAUUGUACCCGUGGUGAGAGCGAUUGCCGCUAUGCUCACCCUACAGAUGUUUCCAUGAUUGACGCAAGUGAUAAUACCGUGACCAUCUGCAUGGAUUAUAUCAAAGGUCGAUGCUCCCGGGAGAAAUGCAAGUACUUUCAUCCUCCUCCGCACUUGCAAGCCAAACUCAAGGCAGCUCAUCACCAGAUGAACCAUUCAGCUGCCACUGCGAUGGCCCUGCAGCCUGGUGCAUUUCAACUGAUACCAAAGAGAUCGGCACUUGAAAAGACCAGUGGUGCCACCCCGGUCUUUAAUCCCAGUGUUUUCCACUGCCAGCAGGCUCUGACUAACCUGCAACUCCCACAGCCGGCAUUUAUCCCUGCAGUUGAAAUUCUGAACAACAGAGUUAUGGAGUAUCAGAAUCUCUCCGUGAGAACCUCCAUAUGGCCUUUCUAUAUAUAUUCACGUAUGUCCUCUUCUACCAACACAACAAUAAGCGUGGUGCAGUCAAUAUAUUAAACAAAACAAACAUACCAACCAACAAAUUCGAAUAAAAACCAAAGCAUCAAACAAUCAAUGGAGAUGUUAAAACACCAACAGAAAACUAACAACUACCAUCUAUCUAUCUUAUUUGAAUUAUUAGGUAGAACACCAUAACAUUUUGUAAUUUAUCACACUAUUCUUUGUGAUUUUCCAAUAACCAUUAUGCUGAGUGAAUCUCUACAGUGGACUGCUGGCUUAUUGUGGCAUUCUUGGUGGAUAAAUGUUCGGUCUGUUUUGAAGUGUUACCUUACCGUUUUGUUUACACAGUAGUCUAUUGGUUUGAUUCAGAAUGUAACAAAUAUAUCCAAUACCAUUUCCCCCA